AUGGCUGGGAGCCGGCUGGAAACCGUGGGGAGCAUCUUCUCGCGGACUCGGGACCUUAUUCGGGCUGGGGUGUUGAAGAAGAAGCCUCUCUGGUUUGACGUAUAUAACGCCUUCCCCCCGCUGAGGGAGCCAGUCUUCCAAAGGCCCCGCUUACGAUACGGCAAAGCCAAAGCCAACAUCCAGGACAUCUUCUACCACGAGGACCGGAUUAGAGCGAAGUUUUAUUCAGCCUAUGGAUCUGGUCAAAAAGCUUUUGAUCUGUUCAAUCCAAACUUUAAAUCUACUUGUCAACGGUUUGUGGAGAAGUACAUUGAGUUUCAGAAACUCGGAGAGACGGACGAAGAGAAGUUAUUUGUGGAAACAGGGAAGGCUUUAUUGGCAGAAGGUGUCAUUUUAAGACGACUAGGAGAAGCAAGGACCGAAGGCGGUCAUGUUUCCUGGAGAUCUGAACACACAACCCUCAAGCCCCAGACUAUGUUGGAAGAAAACCAGCCUCAGAAGGUUCCACAGGAGCAGCGUUUGGAAGCGUCUGAAGAGCAGUUGAAAGGUCUCUCUCCUCCCUGA